AUGGCGGCCUCGGAUAAGGAUAACGACCAGUAUGGCUUCAACGACGAUGCCGGAGACGACCAGUCGGUCCUGUCUACCCGUGGCAUAGAAGCAUUCGGGCGCAAGGUCACCACCACCGCGAGCCAUUUGAUCGGCCCUCUUUCCGAGCAGAGUGGCAACGGCCAUGGCCAUUACCAUGGCGCCCUUGCCGAGGUCCACAAACAGCUGCGCCGCCCAAAUGUCCAGCGCAGCAUGUUCUCGAUGGCGAAGACCACCCCGACCGACUUGGUGCGCUCAAAGCUCUCCAAGACGGAGAUCCAGCAUCGCGCUUUGACGUACCUUCCCGAUGAGCUCCUGGCCAACAUUCCCGAGGGCGACAACUCCUUUUCUCUGUUCCAGGGCUUCAAAGCUAGCUUCCCCGAAUUGACGGAAGAGGGCAGGAAGCACCGGAGGCGGGUUUCGAGGGGCAGGAAGUUGCUGGACGAGACGGCACAUACCCCCGGCACACCCCAAGAGCUGCAAAAUCUGAAAAAGGACAAGGCGUCAAUGAUGCACGAGCUCGAAAUGCUAGGUGUUCGUAAGAACAUGGCCAGCAGCGAGAUUCGUGACAUUGACAACAAAAUUGCGAACUUGCACGGCAUGCGACGGAUUAUUCUGGAAAGGCUAGCGAAUCUGGAGCAGGAAGAGACAAUGCUGGAACACGACCUUAUGGACACCGAAGCUCGAUUAGAAGAAGCGCAAGAGCUCUUCGACGAAGCGGAAUCAAUUGCUAUUAACACACCUACAAAGACUGAGGAGGACCUUGCCGGCGAUCAGGAUGAGUCCGGUUUCAUGUCGCAAUCCGUCUACGAGAAGCUACCGUCCGCAUCCAACACCCCGGCAUCAAAACAGAAGAAGAAGGUUGUUCGUCGAAAAUCUAUGCCGAUAUUGCACGAGCAUUUUGAACCGGGCACCGCCAUCAGGGAAAUUCGCGCCCACCAGGAUACUAUUACGGCUCUCGACUUUGACGCACCCUUUGGAACUAUGGUUACCUCGGCUAUGGACGACUCGAUAAAGGUUUGGGAUCUCAACGCGGGACGCUGCAUCGGUUUGCUAGAGGGUCACACCGCAUCCGUAAGAACGCUGCAGGUCGAAGACAACUUCUUGGUGACUGGUGGAAUGGACGCUACGAUUCGUCUGUGGGAUCUUAGCAAGGCUCACUACGACCCUCACGGCAGCCAAUUCGACGACGAUGAAGAUGGAAUCGCAUUUGAGAACCCCGACGACAGCCCGGUUGAACCUCCUGCAGGAAGCAUGAGGGAUUGUCCUCUUUACACCCUGCAAUCACAUGUUGACGAAAUUACGGCCCUUCACUUCAGAAACGAUAUCCUUGUCUCCGGUUCAGCAGACAAAACUCUGCGGCAGUGGGAUCUUGAAAACGGUCGUUGCGUGCAAACUCUCGAUGUUAUGUGGGCAGCAGCUCAGGCUUCUGCCAACUUUGGCAGUGACAGCUCUUGGAGGCAGACGAGUAGAGCGCCCGCGCAGACGGCCCACUUUAUUGGGGCUUUGCAAGUGUUUGAGACAGCUCUGGCCUGUGGUACCGCCGAUGGCAUGGUUCGUCUAUGGGAUUUGCGAAGCGGCCAGGUUCACCGAAGCUUGGUGGGACACACUGGCCCGGUGACAUGCUUGCAAUUCGACGACGUUCAUCUUGUGACCGGUAGCAUGGACCGAAGCAUUAGAAUAUGGGAUCUCCGUACAGGAUCCAUCUACGACGCGUACGCAUACGAUAACGCAGUCACCAGCAUGAUGUUUGACGAGAGGAGGAUCGUCAGCGCGGCGGGCGAGGACGUUGUGAAAGUGUACGAUAAGGUAGAGGGCCGGCAGUGGGAGUGCGGCGCCGGCAUUGCGGAAGCAGACGACAACAAGACGCCUGCCGUUGUAGAACGUGUACGUGUUAAGGACGGGUACCUGGUCGAGGGCCGUCAAGACGGUAUUGUAGGAGUAUGGACAUGCAUCAUAACUUUCAUCUAUGAAUUGAAUGGCUUCGUCGGUCCCAGGAAUAUGAACACCCUCAGCAACCCUGCCCUCAUCAAAGAAUGCACAGACCUAGCCCUCAGGAUGGCGUCCUCUCGCCCAGAGGACUUUGCCGCAGGCGACAACAAGACGUUGAAGGCAGACGGCGUACACGCUCUCACCAAAGAUCUUUUCGAGCGGUACAGCGAGCUCGCGCACCGCACGCUGGCCCUGGCACGCUCGCCUGCUGAAGAGGAAGCGGCGGAGAUGAUCCGCCUGCUCGACGAGGAGCUGGAGAGGACGUAUAAGCGGUUCUACGAUUUUGUGUACGCGGAGCUGCCGUUUUGUUGGAGGGUGCUGUAUACGGAGCUGAGCCUGAUGAAGUUUGUCGUCCUAGUCACGACGGGCGGAGCAAGCGACGAUGCGGGAAAGGAAGAGCUGCUGGAUGAGCUGGUCGGGGUGCUGGAUAAGGCUCUCAUUCUCGCUGGCGGCGCGGGGAGGAGUAGGGGCCGGAGGGUCAUUGAGAGGCUGCUUUCAUACCUCGAUGCCCCGACACAGGGUACCGCGUGCUUGCCGGGGACGUUCCCGACUACGAAGGUCUUCACCCCGCCUGUGACGAGGCCGAUCGAGGUCGUGGAGGGCAUGUCCAUGGCGGGGUUCCAGCGCUACCUCGACUCCGCGGGAGACCUCGGGCCGGAGCCGCUGGUGCUGAAGGGGCUGCUGACGGAGUGGCCCGCCUUGUCGAGCCGGCCGUGGGACAGCCCCGCGUACCUGAUGAGCAGGACCUGCGGCGGGCGACGGCUGGUGCCCGUGGAGGUCGGGCGGAGCUACGUCGACGAGGGGUGGACGCAGGAGCUGAUCCCGUUCAAGGAGUUACUGAGGCGGAUCACCGGCGAGAAGGGGAAGACGACGUAUCUCGCGCAGCACGAGCUCUUCACGCAGCUCCCGCACCUGCAGAACGACAUCCUCACGCCGGACCGCUGCUUCACCGCCCCGCCGCCGCACCCGCUCGACCCCUCAAAGAACAAGCCGGAGCUGGAUCUGCCGCUGGUGAACGCGUGGUUCGGCCCGCCGGGGACGAUCACGCCGCUGCACACGGACGGGUACCAUAACCUGCUCUGCCAGGUCGUCGGGGCCAAGUACCUGCGGCUGUACGCGCCGCACGACUCCGAGGCGCUGUGUCCGCGCGGGGAGGAGGAGGUGGACAUGUCGAACACGAGCGGGUUUGACGUUGGCGCCGUGGAGGGGUGGGACGAGGACGCGGAGGGGCGGGACGCGAUUGAGCUAGAGGAGUUCCGGGGGCUGCGGCACUGGGACUGCGUGCUUGAGAAGGGGGACGUGUUGUAUAUCCCGAUAGGGUGGUGGCAUUAUGUGAGGAGUCUAAGUGUGAGUUUUAGUGUGAGUUUCUGGUGGAACGGAAAUCACGUUGAGGCAGAAGGGUGA